AUGUCGGCCGACAACAGCCCGCCGCCGCCGCCGGCCUCGCCGCGUUCUUUCCCCGUCCUCCCUCACCACGCGGCCCCGCCUACUCCGUCGCCGUCACCCAGCCCGCCCGCCACCCUCUGCAGCCGGCUGUCUAACGGCAGCCAGACGGCCCCCAGCCCCACAAACUCGCGGGGGUCCAUCCACGGCGUCUCCUUCCUAGUCCAGAUCGGACUCACCAGGGAGACCGUCACCCUCGACCCCGGAGACCACUCGCUGUCUGCUGUCAGGGAGGUCGUCUGCUCCAUCGUGGAUCAGAAGUUCCCCGAAUGUGGAUUUUUCGGGAUGUACGACAAGAUCCUGCUCUUCCGUCAUGACCUGAACUCGGACAACAUCCUGCAGCGGCUGACCUCGGCAGAGGAGAUCCACGAGGGCGACCUGGUGGAGGUGGUGCUCUCCGCUCUCGCCACAGCCGAGGACUUCCAGAUCCGACCUCACACGCUGUACGUUCACUCCUACAAGGCCCCGGCGUUCUGCGACGACUGCGGGGAGAUGCUGUGGGGGCUCGUCAGACAGGGCCUCAAGUGCGAAGGGUGCGGACUGAACUACCACAAACGAUGUGCGUUCAAGAUCCCCAACAACUGCAGCGGGGUGAGGAAGAGACGGCUGUCCAACGUGUCUCUGCCGGGUACCGCCCUGUCCGUCGCACGCCCGCCUUCCACUGAGUUCGCCCCGACGCCGCAGGAGGAGCAUCGCCCCCUCCUGGGUGCCGGUAAGCGUAACUCCCUGCUGAGCGGCCGUCCCAUCUGGAUGGAGAAGAUGGUCCUGGGGCGGGUCAAAGUCCCUCACACCUUCUCCGUCCACACCUACACCCGUCCCACCAUCUGCCAGUUCUGCAAACGCCUGCUGAAGGGACUCUUCCGCCAGGGGAUGCAGUGCAAAGAUUGUAAAUUUAACUGCCAUAAGAGAUGUGCAGCCAAAGUUCCUCGAGACUGCCUCGGCGAGGUCGACUUCAACGGAGAGCCGGCCAGUCCCAGUCUGGACUCCGAGGCGACGAUGGAGGUGGACAACUGCGACGUGAACAGCGACGGCGGUCACAGCAUGGACGAGCAGGACGAGCCGUCCACCCCCGAGGACAAGCUCUUCUUCAUCGAGAGUCCCUGCACGGACGGCGAGAAAGACGACGAGACGCUCAGAGCCAUCAGCCCGUCCACCAGCAGCAACAUCCCUCUGAUGCGCGUGGUUCAGUCCAUCAAGCACACAAAGAGGAAAAGCUCCACGGUGGUCAAAGAGGGCUGGAUGGUGCACUACACCAGCCGGGACAACCUGAGGAAGAGACAUUACUGGAGGCUGGACAGCAAGAGCCUGACCCUGUUUCAGAAUGAAAGUGGAGCCAAGUAUUACAAGGAGAUCCCACUGUCCGAGAUCCUGCAGGUGGAGCCGGCGCAGGACUUCGGCAGCCUGCCUCAGGGCAGCAACUCGCACUGCUUCGAGGUGAUCACGGCCAACAUGGUUUACUACGUUGGGGAGGACACCGGCAGCCUGUACCACAACCCCGUCUUGGCGGCGUCCGGCGUGGGACGGGACGUGGGCCAGAGCUGGGAGAAGGCCAUCCGACAGGCGCUGAUGCCCGUCACGCCCAAGGCCAGCGUCGGCACCGGGCCCGGCCAGGGGAAGGACCACAAGGAACUUUCUAUCAGCAUAUCAGUUUCCAACUCCCAGAUACAAGAAAAUGUGGAUAUCAGUUCAGUGUAUCAGAUCUUUGCAGACGAGGUCCUCGGCUCCGGACAGUUUGGGAUCGUCUACGGAGGUAAACACAGAAAGACCGGCAGAGACGUAGCGAUCAAAAUCAUUGACAAAAUGAGGUUUCCCACCAAGCAGGAGAGCCAGCUGAGGAACGAGGUGGCCAUCCUCCAGAACCUCCACCACCCUGGUAUCGUUAACCUGGAGUGCAUGUUUGAGACGCCCGAACAGGUGUUUGUCGUCAUGGAGAAGCUUCAUGGCGACAUGUUGGAGACGAUUUUAUCCAGCGAGAAGAGUCGACUGCCCGAACGCCUCACCAAGUUCCUGGUUACACAGAUCCUGGUUGCCCUCAGACAUCUUCACUUCAAGAACAUCGUCCACUGUGACCUGAAGCCCGAGAACGUCCUCCUGGCGUCAGCAGAACCCUUUCCUCAGGUGAAACUUUGCGACUUCGGCUUUGCACGUAUCAUCGGGGAGAAGUCUUUCCGUCGUUCGGUAGUUGGCACUCCAGCCUACUUGGCGCCUGAGGUUCUUCGCAGCAAAGGCUACAACCGAUCUCUGGACAUGUGGUCAGUCGGCGUUAUCAUCUACGUCAGUCUGAGCGGGACGUUUCCCUUCAACGAGGACGAAGACAUCAACGACCAGAUCCAGAACGCUGCCUUCAUGUACCCACCCAACCCCUGGAAGGAGAUCUCAGUGGAGGCCACAGACCUGAUUAACAACCUGCUGCAGGUGAAGAUGAGGAAGCGCUACAGUGUGGACAAAUCACUGAGCCACCCCUGGCUGCAGGACUACCAGACCUGGCUGGACCUCAGGGAGUUCGAGACCCGUCGAGGUGAGCGCUACAUCACCCAUGAGAGCGACGACACCCGCUGGGAGGAGUACGCCGACGAGAGAGGCCUGCACUACCCCAAACACUUCAUCAUGUCGCCAAACCUGGACGACAUGGACGAAGACCCUUAGUGGCUGCAAGAGGGUCAACAUUUGAAGCAUUUCAAUGAUGAGGCAGCAGACCCCCGAGGAGUCCCUCAGCGGUUGCAGCAGAUGCUAUGGAGUCCAUGGCAACAAGGACACCGUGAGCUGUCCGUACGGCGGCGCGGGAUAACAUGGAUAACGAGGACGCGUCAGGCAGCUCAAUGAGGACACUUCUACAUGCUCACUGUGGUGACAAAUCAGGUCCAUUGAAUUUUUUUUUAACACAUUUAACCUUUUUCCAAUUUUUUUUCUACAAGCCAUAACAAACAGAUCCCGUGAGCCCAAAUCCGGAUUUUUUUUGGUUUUUUUUUGUUAAAUAAUUGUCUUUACUGCCAGUUGAGCCACAGAAGGGCUAGCCUAAAAAACAAUCCAAAGACUUUCAGCUCAAAUAGCAUAUUUUUAUUAUGUCGUUGUUACAUUUUAGAUCUCAUAAAGCUGUGCAGAGGAGGAGAUGUGACGGCUAUUUUACAUUUAGUUAAAAGUGUCCUAGUUGACAAACUGGGUCAUGUUAUGUCUUGAAGAAGUUCUGACUAUAAUGUUUUGUUUUUGUUGGGUUUUUUUUUCAUUGUUCCUUUUUGGGAUGUCUUUGCACUAUCUGGGAAACUCUUUUAAAGGAAAAAAUGAUAAUAACUUUUGGUUUGUUCAUCUGCAAAAGUAUGAAGGUGGCGUCAGAGGAAAGGUCAUGUUGUUACCUAAAUCAAAAGACUUGAUUUUCAUACAACUGCGAGGCGGUCAUUCUGGUUCAACCUGGUUCCUUUAAUUCUCAUAAUUCUGGCCAUUAUUCUAACUUUCACCAACUCAGCUGUAGCGAUUCAGGAGAUGUUAGCAUUUUCACAUGUUAACAUUACCAUAUUGACAUUUAGCAUGUUAGCGUGCUAAAGGAAAAUUCCAUUAUUUUUCAA